UGGACCUAGGUCGGCGUGGUGCCCCUCGCUUCGAGCCCCCGGCGCAACGCGGCCACAACGGCCAGUGAGCGUGUGCUGAGCGGCGCGCGGCGGCAUGUUCCUCCGCAGCCCCUCGCGCAUGCGCGGCUCAGUUUACAGUUGGAGCUCGGACGAAAAUGGCGUCAGCUAAGUUCCUUGAGGAAGCCCUCAGCACGGACGUCGACGAAUCCGCGGUGAGCGCCAUCGUCGGCUCCCUCGAGACCCAGCUCGUAACGAGCGCGACGACUCAGCCGACGAUCGCCGGUCAGCAGCAGAGUCCGAGCCCGGCCCAGCAACAGCAGAAUCACCGGAGUAACGGCUCCUCCGCGGCAGCGGCCGCCGCGGCCACGGCUCUACCUGCCGCCACAACCGCACAGCAGCCGCAGAAGCAGCAGCAGCAACAGCAUGUCACCAACGGCACCACCACGGCGCAGGAACUCGUCAAGGCGACACCAACGCCAACCAGCACCACCAACAGUGGCCAACUCGCCCUCUCCAAUGUCAAUGUCGUUACCUGCAGCGGUACACAGCAGCAGCAGCAACAGCAGCAACAGCAACAAGGUGGUCAGAUCCAGGUUCAGGCCAUGCAACAACAGCAGCAGGCACAGCCACAGAGUGGGCAACCACAGCAGCAACAACAGCAGCAACAACAACAACAACAGCAGCAGCAGCAGCAGCAGCAGCAGCAGGCCACAUUCAUCAAUCAAGUGACGAGCAAUCAGGUUACCAGUAAUCAGAACAACCAACUUACGGCGUUGGCCAAGGUCCAAGGAGAGCAUGUGAAGAUUGUUUAUCCUGGUAGUGGCCAGGUUAUCGCAACCACGGGCAUUGUCAAUGCUAACAAUAAAUUAACGUUUCCGACACAAAAUGUGGCUCAAUUGGCCAAUGGUACGCUGGGUGUCGUCACCACCCAGACCGUGCUUCAGAGCACAUCUAACGCAGUGAGCAAUGUUUCGGGAACACAGACUACUAAUCAAGCCACGUUAAACGUCAAUAAACAAACUGCUUUGGUUAUUAAGACUAGCGUGGCACCCGGUGGCAUGGUUUCCGUCCCUAUGUCAGUCCCAGUCACGGUUGCCGCCAAUAUGACUAACACGGCGCAGCAGGCCAAGGCUGGUGUCGCUUCCGCAAUAGUGCCCAGUAACGUACAGAUACUCAAUGUCAAUGCUAUGCGGCCAGGCACACCAGUGACUGGCCAGCAGGCAGGUAAACAAGUUGCUUCUAGGGUCGUCAUCGGCCAGCAUAUGAUGGGAGGACGAGCGGGAGCCCCUGGGAUAACGCUACAGGCUCUCCAGGGUUUACAAGCUGGUACUCAAGGCCACCUAUUACUGAAGACAGAAAAUGGUCAAUUUCAACUACUAAGGGUGGGACCAGCUCCAACUCCUGGUACUCCUGCAGGAACAGUGACUCCUAACAGUAUUGCAGGGAAUGCAGUGGUAGCUUCACCAAGUGCUACAGGCACAACGUAUCGUCUAGCCUCAUUGCCAGCUGUAAGUAGGCUAAACGCACAGUUCACUGGUCCACCACUCGCCACAAUAAGAAAACCCAUUCAGACUGUAGCUCCAACUGUAACUACCACAACUGUUACUCCCGUAACUUCAACUAUUGUUGCUGCGACUACUACAGCACCAACGCCAGUUGCUACACCUGCUCAAUCGACUGCGUCUCCAACCCAGCGACAAACCACAGAUAAUACCAAAGAAAAGUGCCGUAAAUUCUUAGCAAACUUAUUAGAGUUGUCUAGUCGAGAACCUAAACAUGUGGAACGAAAUGUUCGGACGUUAAUACAAGAAUUAAUUGAUGUUAAAGUUGAGCCAGAAGAAUUCUGUGUUAGAUUAGAAAAAUUGUUAAAUGCAUCUCCACAACCGUGUUUGAUUGGGUUCCUUAGAAAAAGUUUACCUCUUUUGCGUCAAUCACUCGUCACUAAAGAAUUGGUUAUUGAUGGGAUACGACCACCACCAGCCAAUGUUGUUUUUUCAAUAGCCUCAGGAACACCAGUUGUCACACAGCAAAACCAAAUUAGGCCAACUGUAGCUGUAGCACCUGCGGCAUCAACAGCAACACCUUCACCGACACAAGUUGUUGCAUCUCCAGCUACUAUUGCUGUGACGCCAACGGCAACUACUCAAGUGCGAGUAAUGGCACCUCUUACAGGAGUCACAAAUAUGCCAAGACCUCCACAACCAAUGGUUCAACAAAGGCUGAAUUUGCAAAAACCAGUGACGGCUUCCUUUAACAAAAAAGUGCGUCCGGUGACGACGACUGUGGUGCGCCCCCCGACAUCGACUUAUGCCGUGAAAUCGGGAGCGUUACCCACGGGCUCGAUACAGCAACAACAGCAACAACAGCAGCAGCAUCAGCAGCAGCAACAACAACAUCAUCAUCAUCACCACCACCAUCAUCAUCAUCAUCAGCAGCAGUCUUCGGUGAGUACAACCGUCAGUAGCGUGAGCAGCGGUGCGAGUAUGAUUCGACAGCCGACGGGGCCGAUCGUCGUGCAAAAGUCAUUGCCGGUAACGACAAUCGCUAAGACGAUCGUCACAUCCACGCAAAACAAGACCAUCACUACCAUCACCACGUUGAACAAAGCCGCAGUGCCUUCCGUACAACCGAAGCCAAUACCCAAGGAAAAGGAAAAGAAGACCUUCUCGUCCGCGGGCUAUACAGGCGACGAUGACAUUAAUGAUGUGGCAGCGAUGGGAGGAGUCAAUCUGGCGGAAGAAUCUCAACGAAUCCUUGGAUCAACGAAAUUCGUUGGAACGCAAAUAAGAUCGUGCAAAGAUGAAAUAUUUUUGCACAUGACACCUUUACAACACAAGAUUAACAAAAUAGUUACUAGUUAUGGCUUAGAAGAGCCCAACCAAGAAGUAGCGUCGUUAAUUUCUCAUGCAGCACAAGAAAGGUUGAAAAAUUUGGUGGAAAAAUUGGCUGUUAUAGCUGAGCAUAGGAUAGACCUUGUCAAAGUCGAUCCCAGAUACGAAGUAACACAGGAUGUAAGAGCGCAGUUAAAGUUUUUGGAGGAAUUAGAUAGGGUGGAACGUAAGAGGCACGAGGAGCACGAGAGGGAAAUGCUGUUAAAGGCAGCAAAGAGCAGAGCGAAAACAGAGGAUCCAGAACAGGCAAAAUUGAAAGCAAAAGCAAAAGAGAUGCAAAGAGCAGAGAUGGAGGAGGCGCGGCAGCGCGAAGCCAAUCAAACGGCUCUGCAGGCAAUUGGGCCUCGUAAGAAACCGAAGCUCGACCUUGGCUGUCUGUCAUCAAAUAGUACUGGCGGUAACGCAGGUCUAAACUCAAGUUCAACGGGCCUUAACCGUCAAAUGCCAAUGCGACCACGUCUGAAGCGGGUCAAUUUCCGAGAUUUGCUGUUCCUCUUGGAGCAGGAAAAGGAGACGUGUCGGAGCGUCACCCUCUACAAGUCUUAUCUGAAGUGAUCCUGCUGUCAUCGCCAUCGCCGGCAUUAUCGUCGCCGUAGCCUACGCGAGCAGCUGGCCUCUCGAGUAACGAUCGCCCGACGAUGAUGAUGGUUCUACAGACGCGCCUGGGAUAAGCGAAAGAACGUUCAGUCCUGGUGUAGUUGUGUUAUCGUUUAUUUUUCUUUGAAAGCGCCCAAGUCGUCGCCAAUAGAGGUGGAGAAUUUCUUAGGCGUGCAAUAAAAGAAAGGACGUUCGUGUACUUGGUACAGCCAAUUGUCGAUAUUAAGCUUCCCAUAUAUAUUUGUAAAUUGACUGAGAAUAGAGGAGGAACUUUUAAGGUGUAUAAUAUAAAAUAGAGAUAGAGAUAGAGAGAGAAUGAAAAAGAGUUUCUUAAUUUUUUUCUUUCGUCUUUAUCUACUUUGGAUUUUCUUGAAUCGCGAUGUUACGUCAUCGAAGAGUCGAGGGACAAAGUAGUGCUCUGGUUGAAAGAUUUCAUUGAAGGUGCUAAACAUUGAUAAUACAUUUCAAAUACUUUCCUUGGUUGAGAUUGUAUUUUCUAAUUUAAAUCGAUCGAUUAAUUUACCGUGAAAAUUAUUUGUUGUCGUUUUUACGGAAAAUAUACAUUUAUACUAUGCAUAAGUUGCCGAAAUUGAGAACAAAUAAAGUGCAU